UUAUCCACGAACGCCUCGUACGUUCCAUAGGAUAAUUUCCAAUGCUUUGUAAACUUUUUUGCGGCGCAGCAAAAAGAGCUCGUCUCAUUACUUCUCCCGCUCGGUUGACCUUUGUGUUGUGUAGGCAAAAUAGUGGUAACACAGUUAGUAUCAUGCAAGAGUCAUACCCGGUAAUUGCUAAAGUUCCGACUCACAUACUCACCUGGGGUAAGUGGAUCGAAGAAUCGCUUGGCGAUCAGAAGGAAAUCGUGCUAUGCAUUACCGGCAAUCCCGGACUGCCUGGGUUUUACACGAAGUUCCUCUCCACUGUGUACGAGUGUUUGAAUAAAGAGCUCCCGGUGUGGGUAAUAGGGCAAGCGGGACAUGAUGAAGCGGACGAAAGCCCCUACAAAAAGCCAGUUCCACCGUUGGAAGGGAACGAAAAUAUAUACAACCUGAAAGGGCAGCUGCAGCAUAAAAUAGAAUUCAUACGCAAGUACGUCCCUGAGGACGUAAAGAUCCAUCUGAUCGGUCACUCGAUCGGAGCGUACAUGGCACUGGAACUGCUGAAAGUUCCCGACAUCAGCGAACGCGUUCAGCACUGCUACUUUCUGUUUCCCACCCUGGAACGGAUGGCCGGUUCAAAGAAUGGGUUCAUCGUGACCAGGCUCAUCAACCCGAUGUGGUGCGUGUGGCAAUGGUUCUACCGCAUGUUCAACCUGUUGCCUCUGUUUGUUCGCACGUGGAUUAUAUACGCGUACUAUCUGGUGGAUGGCAUCCCUAAGCAUUACCUUGGCACGGGGAUAAAGUACAUGAACCCGAACGUCAUCGAUAAAAUAUGGUUUCUCGCGAUGGAUGAGAUGAAACACGUGAAGGAGCUGGAUGUAGAUACACUUACGAAAAAUAAGCAGCGUAUUAAGCUGUACUAUGGAACCAAAGACGGAUGGGUACCGGUGAAGUACUACCACGAACUAAAGCAACGCAUCCCAGACAUUGACGCUGAGCUUUGCACCAGGAAGUACGAGCAUGCAUUCGUGUUACGUUCUGCGGCCCAGAUGGGGUUCUCCGUUGGUGAGUGGAUCUUAAAGUACCGUGCGUAAAAAGUGUGAUCAUGUUGGGUGAGUGAUAAAAAGAGGGUAUAUAUAUGCAGUUUACAAAUAAUAACCUUUGCACAGAUUCGAA